AUGGGAACCAAAGUGAAGGGUCUUCUCAAGGGUCUCCGUUAUAUCUCCCAAAUAUUUGAUGGAGAUCUCAAGGAACAAGAGAUGCAGAUCGGGUACCCAACCGACGUCAAGCACGUCGCUCACAUCGGUUGGGAUUGUCCUUCAGUUGGCUCCCCAAGCUGGAACCGUCCGAUCGUGAUCGGACGGAUGAGAUGUGGUAGAAUCACUAACCGUGGAAUGAAAAACUUGGUGCAGAUUUGGGUUACGAAAAAUGCGCCACCGCGUGGAGAGGGGUCCAUGCAACGGCGUUCACGGCGAAACCAGUCCGCCGGAGCCAUCGACGACGCGUUGGAAGGAUCACGGCGCCGGCGACCAAAGAGUGAUUCCCUGGCGUCGGUGGGCAGCGGCGGGAGCGAAUCGCUUAGCGGUGACUUACCAGCUAUCCCCAAGCAAGCACGGCGCAGGAAGACGAAAGGCGGAUCCGGAGGCUCAUCGAGACCAAAGGCGGCGGCGGCGGCGACAGAGGGGUCUUCGUGCUCAGAGCCCGGAGCCGAUGAUCGGAGCCGCGAGCUGAUCCCGCCAUUGACGACCACCGCUGGAGAGGAAGACAAGCUCUGA